AUGUCCAUUUGCCUGCCAGGGUCCCCGAACUCUCACUUUCUUUUUAGUCCGUUGCAGCGAUCACCAGCGUACCCCACCACGUCAGACACGGCCGUAGACACUAGCUCCGAGAUCACCACCAAGGACUUGAAGAAGAAGGAAGUUGUGGAGGAGGCAGAGAACGGAAGAGAUGCCCCGGCUGACAGGAACGCUAAUGAGGAAAACGGGGAACAGGAGGCUGAGAACGAGGUAGACGAAGAAGAGGAAGAAGGCGGGGAGGAGAAGGAAGAGGAGGAUGGAGAUGAAGACAAGGAGGCUGAGGCAGCUCCGGGCAAGCGGGCAGCUGAGGAUGACGAGGACGACGAUGUGGAUACAAAGAAGCAGAAGACCGGAGAGGAUGAGUAGACAGCAAAAAAAAAGGAAAAGUUAAACUUAAGAAAAGGCCGCCGUGACCUAUUCACCCUCCACUUCCUGUCUCAGAAUCUAAACGUGGUCACCUUCGAGUA